CUUUAAGAUCAAAAUUUUCCAGACACAGCCUGUGGCAGGGUAGGGGUUAAAAGCUGAGCGGGGCCAGCUAGUCAGGUGACCAGAAGGGGGCGGGCUAGAGCUAUAAAAACCCGGGGCUUGCGAGCAGUAAGGGGCAGCAGCCAAAGGGGAAGGAGUGUGCGGGAGCGCUCCAGAAAGAGGCUUGGCUUGGCUUGGCUGCUGGUCCGACUGCUGUGAGAAGGGAACUGCUGUGCCCCGGGGAGGAGCGUCGCAGGCAGGGGGAAGCAGAAGCACCAAGCCACGAAGAAAAUGAGCACGAUGCCCACCACCGUGGUGCGGGUGAGUGGCCUGGAGGUGUCGGCGGCAGGCGCGGACCACCCCAUCGUCCAUGUCCACGUCAGCCAUGAGUCGUGGCUGCACUACCUGGUCAAGGCGCUGCGGGCCGUGCGGCUGGACCAGGUCAAGGCCUGGCUGGCCCCUGGCCCAGGCCCUGCCCGCAGCUGCUGCGUCCGGGAGAUGAAGGCGCUGGGGGUGGCCCAGAUCGUGCUGGGCGUCAUGUGCGUGGCGCUGGGCGUGGCGCUCCGCUUUGGGCCCUACACAACGGUGAUCUGGCUGCAGUCCCCAUUCUGGACAGGGGCUCUGUUCGUGGGCUUGGGUGCGCUCUGCGUCCUGUGCAGGAGACACGGCACAGGCUGCUUGCUCUUCCUGACAGCCUGCCUGGCCCUGGCUAGCGUGGUAGGGGCGACUGUGGCCGUGGUGUGUGGGGGGAUCGAGGUGGUGUGGUCACGUGGGAACACGGGCACCCGGUGCAGCAAGUUUUCUUUUGACGGCUCGUACACGGAUGGCUGGACGUGGUGGGAGUGCCAGGAGGUGCUGCAGAUGAAGAACCUGUUCCUGGGCAUCCGGGUGCUGCUGUUGGUGACCACGGCCAGCGCCCUCGUCAUUGCCGCCUGCUGCCUCGUCUGCACCUGCCAGAUCCUCUGUUGCCGGACACAGGACCAGGCGGAGUCCGCGGCGGGUGCGGAGCCGCUGGUGAUCUCAGCGCCCACAGCCCAGGCCCAGCCCCAGCCAGACAAGGAGACGUGUGUGGACAGCGCCUGAGCCAGCUACGACCCCGGGCUCUCUCCUGCACCUCAUCUUGCCCUGCGCCCAGCCUGGAGGCCGGGGAGCCCGUCUCUAGCACUGCCACAGCUGCGCUCCCCUCUCCCUGGCUGCGGCCGCAUUGGGGCCUUUCGCUUGCAGCCUCCUGUCCCACCCUAGUCCCAACAGAGCUCCACGGUGCAGGGCUGUUUGCUGCCAACAGGUCUGUGGAUGCUGGGGGGGCCGUGCAUCCUGCACCUUGCCCCUAAAACAGCCCUCGCCCACCCCCAGACUGUCCCAGGCCCUGGCCGCGGGUGCUUUCCAGUGCCCACCACAGGGCUGCCCCGGCUCCCAGCCCUGACCCAGCCCCACGCUGGCUUCUACCCUUGGGCCAGUCUGUCCCCACAUCUCGCAGCACUCACUUUGCACCAGGCAGCAUCCAGCCACCCCGAGCAGCCUUGCACGCAAGUCGGCUCGUGCACCAAGCUCAGUGGUGACAAAGAGCAGCACAAGCAGAAUAAAGUGAGCAGGGAGACUUA